GACUAAGCAAGGCCCCCAUCGGGGGCAGCAGGUAUUGAUCUCCUGCUUGGCCUGCAGUAGCCUCCAAAGCAACCCCAUCCAAAGCAGGCACUGUCAGCAGCGACGAGGCAGCGGACGACAGCCGCGACCGCGAGCGGAGCAGGGGAGGGGAAGGGAAUGGAGGAGGAGCAGGGGAGGUUGACGACGAUGACGCCGGGGGUCCUCAGGUUGUUCGGCGUGGACGUCCGCUGGGGCGACGGAGGGGAACCGGAGGAGUUGCCGAUGGACCUGAAAAAGAGCUCCAGCAUGCCCAACCUCACCAUCCACCAGCCGCUGCUGCCGCCGGGGGAGGCCGGAGACGGCAAGGGGUACGCCUCCGACGACGCGGAGCUGGCGUCCGGCCAGCAGAAGCGCCGCCGCCGCAAGGCACAGGAGAGGAAGAAAGGAAUUCCAUGGACGGAGGAGGAGCACAAGAAAUUCCUGGAAGGCCUAAGGAAUCUGGGCAAGGGGGACUGGAGGGGCAUCUCCAAGGGCUUCGUCACCACCAGGACGGCGACGCAGGUGGCCAGCCAUGCCCAGAAGUACUUCCUCCGGCAGACCAACCCCGGCAAGAAGAAGCGCCGGGCGAGCCUCUUCGACGUCGGCAUCGCUGACUUCAACUACAUGGACGAUCAGGUGCCAAGCCCUCAGAGAAGCAUUGUUACCAAGCCGGCUCCUACGCAGGAGAUAAUUCAUACCGACCGUGGCGAUGUGCCCUAUAGAGGCGACUUCGGGGAGAUUUUAGGCAAUAACAUGCAGGUUAAUCAUCAACUAACUGAUUAUUACUACUUCAAGAAGGACCCAAAUGUUCACUUGGAGACAUCGCUCUCCAUGGCCUCCGGCCUGGAAACAGCCUCAUCAUCCACCAACAGUCUGAACCUCAGCAUCAUCGCCGUCGACAGUCUGGAGCUCAGCAUCGCGCCCCCUGCUCGGUGCGGCUGCGGUGGCCUGGCAGGGGCCAUCAAAGUCCUGUGACUUUGGGGACGCCGCCGAGCUACUCGCAUCGGCUCCCAGACUCCUGCGAGCCCUGCGUUCAGUAUCACCUCGAUCGUCAGGCUGCCGCAGCCAGCAGUUCCCGUCUUGUUGGUCUUUGUCAUGCUAAUUUUGUGUGUUGUUCGUCGAUGGCGUACGUGCUGGUUUUCUGUAGUUCCGUGUGAUACUAUGCUCCUACUAGCAGCUGUAGCAGCAGUGGUGGUGCAGAAGGAAUGUUUGUGAAAUUGCAUGCAUGCUUAAGUUUUGGCUGGUUCGUUUUCGUUGGUGCAAAACUGUAUGUUGCGCAAGAAAUCGGAUUGACAGACUACUAGCCGAUGCUAGUUUGCACUGUACUGCUAUGUACUGUCAGUAGUACGUCCUGAAUUGCAAUGCAUUGUACUACCUGUAGUAUGUACAGUAUGUGAAUGAAAUCAACUAAUCAA